UUUCUCAACUAACAGAAGAGUUUUUUCCUUCCAGGAACCUAUUUAUGGAUUUUUUUGCGGAAGAUUUUCAGGUGGACCAUCUCCCUGACUUCUCAUGAGAGGGGAGUGAAUUCUCGGAGCCCUCUCUGGCCCUACGUCUUCUCAGGUGGGAGAUGUCUGAGGAAAAUCUGGGGGAAGAGUCGGGAAGCUCCCCUGUCUCUCCUGUGGACAGCCUGAGCAACAGCGAAGGGGAGCCGGACAGGCAGCCGAAGAGAGGCAACGGGAGAAAGCGGAGGACGAGCAGGAAAAGCGGGGACGACUCGGACAGCCCGACCCCGGGGAAAAGAGGGAAGAAGUCCGGCAGCAGCAGCCCCCAGUCUUUCGAGGAGCUCCAGUCGCAGCGGGUCAUGGCCAACGUCCGGGAGCGACAGAGGACCCAGUCCCUCAACGAGGCGUUCGCGGCUCUGCGGAAGAUCAUCCCCACGCUGCCAUCGGACAAACUGAGCAAAAUACAGACCCUGAAACUCGCAGCCAGGUACAUCGACUUCCUCUGCCAGGUGCUGCAGAGCGAUGAGCUGGACUCCAAGAUGUCAAGCUGCAGCUAUGUGGCUCAUGAGAGACUGAGCUACGCUUUCUCCGUGUGGAGGAUGGAGGGCGCUUGGUCCAUGUCUACAUCUCACUAACAUCUGGAGCAUUUUUUUAUUAUUAUUUUUGCCCAAAAUGGUGACUGCUGAAUCUGCUUAUGAAAUUCUGAAGGGACAUUCUGGAGUCCAAUGCUGGAAACAUGGGAUCACUCAAACCAAAGACGACUAUGAGGCUUUGCAUGCAUGGGGACCAUUAUAUAUAUAUAUAUAUAUAUAUAUAUAUAUAUAUAUAUA